AUGGACGCCCCGUCCGACGCCCAGCGGCCCUCCGUUUCCUUUCUCAACCGCUCCGCGACAAAUUCCUCCUCGGAGGCGACGCCUAUUGCCAGCGUCCGUUCCGACUCGGUCGCGCCACACUUGCCAGACUCGUCCGCAGCUCCUACUCCUGUCUCCAUCAACGCUCCCCUAAGCUGUUCUUCGUCAUGGAGUGCCAGUUCUGACCGCCAACUCGGCCACAAUGCGAGCCCCGAUCCCUCAGAUCGCGUCUUCCCGAUCCGCUCUGUCGUGCGUGUUGAUCGUACCGGCAGGGCCUCUGGCGAGCAUGACUACUUCCCCAGAAUACCCGACCAUGGCCAAUACCAAGCUCCUCGUCCGAGCAAUCCUCGAAUCGAGACCGCCGCCUCCGAAGCUGUUUCUCGUCGCGAUUCUACGUCCACGCCUUCAUCCAAUGUCAUCUUCCCUGGCGCUCGUCAAGGAAUCCAGACGAGGAGAAAAUUCGCCGGAUCUGGUCCUAUGUCCAGCGUCCAAGCCGAUGCUGCACGUCACAACAACUCCCAGCCACUGGAUAUAUUUCAGGAUGUUGCCUCAGACGCAGAAGAGGAAUCAGUGCCUGGUGACGACCAAUCGCAAUACCAGUCUUCAUCUACCAGUGCCCUUGGCGACACGGCUGGCGACAAUCUCCUGACAGCGCGUUUUAGAUAUGUCAUGACGGACGAGGGGCAUCAUGUCAUCACAGGCACUGAUGGGGUCCUCCAAUGUUGCGAGGAUGAACCCAUCCAUACCCCCGGAGCCGUGCAAGGAUUCGGCGCAUUGGUGGCCAUCCGAGAAGAAAGCCACGGCCAGUUUUCUGUUCGCUGCGCCAGCGAGAACACCGAGAACUUGAUUGGAUACGCGCCACAGCAGCUCUUUCGACUCAAAAGCUUCCUGGAUAUAUUGAGUGAGGAGCAACAGGAUAACCUACUGGACCACAUCGACUUCAUUCGUGACGAAGACGCCGACCCAGCUAUCAACGGACCCGAAGUCUUCAGUCUUUCUAUUCGCCCGCCAAAAAAGAAGAGCGUCAAACUUUGGUGCGCAAUUCACAUCAGUCCUGCUCAUCCCGACCUUGUGAUUUGCGAAUUUGAAGUCGAUGACGACCACCAAUUUCCACUCCGACCGCCAGAAGAGUCUACGCCAAUGAGCCCUGAAGACACGUUACAGUCGAAUCCUACCUCGGAGGAAUUAGCAGAGAGUACUGAAAUCCUCAGUAAGCCAUUGAGAGUACUGCGAAGCGCACGCAAGCGCCGAGGCGAUGCUGGUGCCAUGCAGGUAUUCGACAUCAUGUCCCAAGUCCAGGAGCAGCUUGCGGCGGCCUCAAACCUCGAAGGUUUUCUCAAGAUUCUCGUUGGUAUCGUCAAGGAAUUGACUGGCUUCCACCGAGUAAUGAUAUAUCAGUUCGAUUCCUCCUUUAACGGAAAAGUCGUCACAGAACUCGUCGACACCUCGCACACCAAAGAUUUAUACAAGGGCCUGCACUUUCCCGCCUCUGAUAUACCGCGGCAGGCCCGCGACUUGUACAAGCUGAACAAGGUGAGGCUUCUAUAUGACAGGGACCUGGAAACAGCCCGUCUUGUCUGCAGGGCGAAAGAAGACCUUGAGGUACCGCUAGACCUCAGUCAUUCUUAUCUCCGUGCUAUGUCGCCCAUUCAUAUCAAAUAUCUGAAGAACAUGGCUGUCCGAUCAUCAAUGUCGGUGUCUAUCAAUGCCUUCAACGAACUUUGGGGUCUCAUUGCCUGUCAUUCCUAUGGUCGUAAGGGCAUGCGUGUCUCCUUCCCCAUCAGAAAGAUGUGUCGCUUAGUGGGAGACACUGCGUCCCGCAACAUUGAGAGGCUGUCAUACGCUACUCGACUCCAAGCCAGGAAGCUCAUCAAUACGGCACCGUCAGAGAACAACCCUUCGGGUUACAUUAUUGCCUCUUCCGACGAUCUCCUGAAAUUAUUCGAUGCUGACUUUGGCAUGCUCUCCAUUAGAGGGGAAACCAAAAUCCUGGGCGACCUUGAACAUUCGCAGGAAGCUUUGGUCAUGCUGGAAUACUUACGCUUGCGCAAGCUAACCUCGGUCGUGACCUCUCAGGACAUCAGAGAAGAUUUCCCAGAUCUGCGAUAUCCCCUCGGAUUUACCGUCAUCGCGGGCCUGCUCUAUGUCCCUCUGAGCGUUGGAGGAAAUGAUUUCAUUGUCUUCUUUCGCAAGUGUCAAGUCAAGGAGGUUAAAUGGGCCGGGAACCCGUACGAAAAAACUCUUCGCGAGGGCACUCAAGCUUAUCUCGAACCUAGGAAGAGCUUCAAGACUUGGCACGAGACGAUUCUCCGUAAAUGCCGAGAAUGGUCAGAGGAGCAAGUCGAGACAGCCGCCGUUCUGUGCUUGGUAUACGGCAAGUUCAUCGAGGUGUGGAGACAGAAGGAAGCUGCAUUGCAAAGCAGCCGUCUCACGCGUCUCUUGCUGGCAAAUUCAGCGCACGAGGUCCGAACGCCGCUCAAUGCUAUCAUCAAUUAUUUGGAAAUAGCGUUGGAGGGCUCACUUGACCAAGAGACACGCGACAAUCUCGCCAAGUCACAUUCCGCAUCGAAGUCGCUUAUAUAUGUAAUCAACGAUCUGCUUGACUUGACGAAAACAGAGGAAGGUCAGAAUUUGAUCAAAGAUGAGGUAUUCGAUUUCGGAAUGUGCAUCCGAGAAGCGACGGAUCCGUUCACCAACGAUGCCAAGAGAAAGGGCAUCGAGUAUCAGGUCGUUGAGCAUCCCGGGCUGCCACAGCAUGUUUGCGGUGACAGCCGGCGCCUCCGACAGGCCAUCUCGAAUGUCGCAGCCAACGCAGUGCAGAAUACGUCCAGCGGAUCAGUCAAUAUCGAACUCUAUGUUAGCGAGGUACUCGAACGACGAGUACGCGUCGAGAUUGUCGUGGAAGACACUGGCAAGGGAAUGACGGCUAAGCAGCUAGACACACUCUUCCGGGAUCUCGAACAAGUCAGCGUCGAGACUGACGAAGUCAGCUCCAUAUUUCCAGACGACGAUCAGGCUAGCAAAGACACUAGGAUAUUGGGUUUGGGCCUAGCUGUCGUUGCGAGAAUCGUCCGCAAUAUGGACGGCCAGCUGCGGCUGAAAUCAGAACUGGGGAAGGGGUCGAGAUUUGUGAUUCAGUUGCCGUUUGACCUGCCUGACGACCUGCCUGCACCUGCUGAGGGCGGUCAAAAGUCUGCGAAGUCAGCCGCUACUUCAAGCAUAGCUUCUGUCACGAUAGCAGCCAUGCCGGAUAAUGACGGCGAGAUGAUGCUCAUCGACCGCGGCAGCAAGUUAUCGGCGGCUGAGGAAGGUUGGACGGAUGCUCCGAGUGCCGAGACGCAGAGUCUCGAAAGUCAGAAGACGGCGGACACGGGUGGAAGUAGAAUCAGUGGCCGGAGCUCGCGAAGUGAUGCAGAUCGUCUUAUCGACGCGAUCCAGACGCCCCUUUCCAUCGGUGAAGUUGACAUGAGCCGGCCGACGACGAUGCGGCAGCAUUCAAGGGAGCACCCUCAGAGACCGAAGUCUUCGGACAGUCACAAAGCUGCGGCCGCGGCUGCAAGCCGCACGAUAUCCCCCAACUCGCGCCGAAGCCAUCCCAGUGUCUCAAGCAUUUCGAAUACCGAAUCUUCAAAGCCUCAAGAAGUUGGCUACUCGACAGUUGCCGAUGCGAAAACGCCCGUCAGAGCCGUCAAGGUGCCAGAUGAGUACACGGAUCAGCCGCCGAAGCCACCAAAGCCACAGCAAAGCGAUUCCUCACGAAUUCUAUUCGAAAUCAGCAACCGCGCAAAGCCAGGGGCUGCAUCGGAGGCUGGCACUAUCGGUAGCACUGUUGGCACCGCCCCAAGCGUCGUUUCGGGUGUUGAUGAGACAAAACUGCAAGUUUUGAUUGCGGAAGACGACCCCAUCAAUUUAAGAAUUUUGCGAAAGCGCUUGGAGAAGUCUGGUCAUCAAGUGUCACAUGCUGUCAACGGCGAAGAUUGUGCUACUGUCUACCAGGAGAGGCCAGAGGCCUUUGAUGUAGUCUUGAUGGACAUGCAGAUGCCAAUCGUAGAUGGCCUCACAAGCACAAAAAUGAUACGAACCCACGAAGAGUCCAGUGACCAUGGUGGGCACUCAGCGAUUGCGGCUCACAACGGCCGUAUUCCUGUAUUUGCUGUAUCUGCAUCUCUCAUUGAACGAGAGAAGGACAAAUACAUAAGUGCCGGAUUCGACGGGUGGAUCCUCAAGCCUGUUGAUUUCAAGAGGCUCAACACUUUGCUGUUAGGAAUUGUGGAUGAUGAAGUGCGCUCAUCAUGUCUAUAUGCUCCUGGACAAUGGGAACAAGGCGGCUGGUUCAAUGUCCGAGACACCCAGGAGGGAAAGAGUGACGACGUAUCAACACCUACAGACGCCCCGGAGUCUGCGACCACGGGAGCGUCUGCGGAAAGCCCAACGAACGAACCAAAAGACUCAUCGCCGGAGAUGGACAGUUCGAGCUAA